AUGGAAACAAGAGUGGCAGUGCAUGCUCACACAGAGCUUGGACCUUUUGUGGUAAUGACAGCCAAAAAUCUUGCUCUCUAUGGAAAAGCCACACAGUCAAGUUUGAUCGGAAACCCCUGGGGGGCAUUAGGCCAUGCCUACAACGCUAUAGAUGGAAAUAUCGACUCAGAUUACAACCACGGGUCGUGCGCUGCCACUGAGACACAAGAAAACCCCUGGUGGAGGCUGGACCUUCUGGACGAGUACACGGUGACCUCCAUCACCAUCACUAACAGAGGAGACUGCUGUUCGGAUAGGAUUAACGGAGCUGAGAUACACAUCGGAAACUCUUUACGCAACAACGGAAACAUCAACCCACUGAGACAGGAUUUCCCAAGACUUUCAAAUUUGAGAAAGGCAUCCCAGGUCUUCCUUCCCGGACAUAACCUGUCGCUGGUGCUCUGUGAGGUCGAGGUCUUUGGCUACCCCACUCCGCAUGGACAGAAUGUAGCGCUGGGAGGAACAGCUACGCAGUCCAGCAUUUAUUCAAAUUAUUUUGCAUCUAAUGCUGUUGAUGGAAACCGAGAUGGUAUAGUGUCUCGCGGUUCCUGCUCUAUGGUUUACAAUGACUUCAGUCCCUGGUGGAAGGUGGACCUACUGAAACAACACAAAGUAUUUUCCGUCAUCAUCACCAACAGGCAGGAUGCUGCUCCUGAAAAGCUGUUUGGAGCUGAAAUUAGGAUUGGAGAUACUCUGGACAACAACGGCAACAACAAUCCAAUUUGUGCAGUGGUCAACAUCAGCACUGGAGAUCCUACCAAGUUCUAUGAAUGUAACGAGAUGGAGGGCCAGUAUGUCAACAUUGUGAUUCCAGGAAGGAACGAGUAUCUCACUCUGUGUGAGGUGGAGGUGUACGGAGUUCCUCUGAUCUGA